AUGGAAUCUACAAUGAGGCUCGUCAUCGACACCGACCCCGGAGUGGAUGAUGCCAUUGCGAUCCUGAUGGCCCUCGCGGCACCGGGGGUCGAGGUCAUUGGAUUGACCACCCUUGGUGGCAACGUUCCCAGGGCGCGCGCGACCCGCAACGCCCUGGCGCUUCUUCAGGCAGCGGGUCAAGCAGACAUUCCGGUAGCCAGAGGUGCAGCGCGUCCUAUUAAGGGACAGUAUCGCCCGUCGGUUGCAUUCCACGGACCUGGGGGCCUAUCUGUGCGAUUGCCUCAGCCAUCGUGCUCACCUGUGAAAGAGACGGCAAUUGACUUUCUGCACAGGGAAAUUACGUCUGAGCCGGGCAGCAUCUUUGUGCUGGCCCUUGGCCCGCUUACGAAUCUUUCGCGACUGGAAAGCCGGUACCCAGGCACUCUUUCACUGGCGGCAGGCGUUGUAGUUAUGGGGGGUGCCGUGGAGACGCGGGGCAAUGUAACUCCAAGGGCCGAGUUUAAUUUUCACAGCGAUGCCUUAGCCGCGGCACAGGUUCUGUAUCUGAAUGUUCCGAUUGCGUUGGCGGACCUGGCAUCGUGUCGUCAGGUGGGGAUCAGCAGAGGGCAGGCGUUCAAGAUUACGGCCGAGGCGCCGUUGGGCAAUCUGGCGCUGCGGAUAUUGCAGGGCUGGUUCCAGUGCGACCCGCAGCGGCAACGGUUUGAGUUCUAUGAUCCCCUGGCGGUGGCAAUGGCCCUGGACCCCGGAGUAGCGACGUUCCGACAGGUAGCGCUCGAUGUAGGAACCGAGCCCGGCCCGCACUGGGGGGAAACAACGGUGGCAGGCGAACCUGGUCCGGUCGCUUUGGCCCACAGGGUGGACGCCUCCCGAUUCUUCGCGCUGCUCAAUGAACUGUUCGCGUGGCGAGGUCUGUAA